AGAGCUCCACGAGUUGGCAUUGUCAGGCGGUGGCACCGCGCGGGAGGGAGCUCAGGUCUGACCCGCGGUCUGUGUGCGGCGGCGGCCGAGCGGAGCGACACCGUCGGUGGACGCGGACGAGUCCCCGGGGGUGCGAGCGUGAGCGCGGCCAAGCCCGCGGCGCCUUCCGCGGCGAGUAGGGCCUCGCGGCGUCAUCGGCGGCGAGGAGCCGCUGCGGCCUGGCCGACCAUGUCGGACGCGGCUGAGGAGCAGCCCAUGGAGACGACGGGCGCCACCGAGAACGGACACGAGGCCGCCCCCGAAGGCGAGGCCCCGAUCGAGCCCGGCGCUGGGGCAGCGGCCCCCGCAGCCCCGGCCGCGUCUGGGGGCGGAACCACGGCCACCCCGAGCGGGAACCAGAACGGCGCCGAGGGUGAUCAGAUCAACGCCAGCAAGAACGAGGAGGACGCGGGAAAAAUGUUCGUUGGUGGUUUGAGCUGGGAUACCAGCAAAAAAGAUUUAAAGGAUUAUUUUACUAAGUUUGGAGAGGUCGUUGACUGUACAAUUAAAAUGGAUCCCAACACUGGACGAUCAAGAGGGUUUGGGUUUAUCCUGUUCAAAGAUUCCUCCAGUGUGGAGAAGGUCUUAGACCAGAAGGAACACAGGCUGGAUGGUCGUGUUAUUGACCCUAAAAAAGCUAUGGCUAUGAAGAAGGAUCCUGUGAAGAAAAUAUUUGUGGGAGGUCUGAACCCUGAAGCCACAGAGGAAAAGAUCAGAGAAUACUUUGGCCAGUUUGGGGAGAUUGAAGCCAUUGAGCUUCCAAUAGAUCCCAAGUUGAACAAAAGACGGGGUUUUGUUUUUAUUACAUUUAAAGAGGAAGACCCUGUGAAGAAAGUUCUGGAGAAAAAGUUUCAUACUGUCAGUGGAAGCAAGUGUGAAAUCAAGGUUGCCCAGCCCAAAGAGGUGUAUCAGCAACAGCAGUAUGGCUCUGGGGGCCGAGGAAACCGCAACCGAGGGAACCGAGGCAGUGGUGGAGGUGGAGGUCAGAGUCAGAGUUGGAAUCAGGGCUACGGCAACUACUGGAACCAGGGCUACGGCUACCAGCAGGGCUACGGGCCCGGCUAUGGCGGCUACGACUACUCGCCCUAUGGCUAUUACGGCUACGGCCCCGGCUACGACUACAGUCAGGGUAGUACAAAUUACGGGAAGAGCCAGCGACGCGGUGGCCAUCAGAAUAACUACAAGCCAUACUGAGAGGCAGCAGGAGCGGCCGACUGACGACCGCACACGCUUUGUUUGGACGCGGAGUGAACACAAUUAUGUACCAAAUUUAACUUGGCAAACUUUUAUGGCCUGUCCCAUGUGCAUCUUAUUUAAAAUUUCCCCCGGAAAUCACUCUCCUGUUUACUAUUCCAGAGCUCUAGUUGUAGGCAGCGUGUGGCGUCUCAGAGGCCAGAGUGGCUUUAGGGGGCUGAUUUUAUUAUUACCAGGUUACCUUGUACUAGAUUGGAGGGUCUGCUUCCUGCUGCCGCUCUGCAGCCUGGACCUGUGGACCCUGGUUGUAAAGAGUAAACUGUAUCUUAGGAAACCAGUGUCACCUUUUCACCUUUUAAUUUUAUAUUAUUUGUGUCAUACAUUUCCAGUAAUGGAAGUGUUAAUUUUACUGUACUUUUUGGUACCUUUUGGGAAUCUAAUGUAUUGUAAGGUAUUUUACACGUGUCCUGAUUUUGCCACGACCUGGAUAUUGAAGCUAUCCAAGCUUUUGAAAUAAAAAUUAAAAAACCCCCA